AUGGUCUCGCUAAGUUGUGGAUAUCGUUGUCUUCAAAUUAUACUUGUCAUCCUUAAUACUUUUGUCAUCGCAUGUGGUGUUGGCCUCAUAGUUGUCGGGAGUUUGGCCGAAGUUUCUUUGAAGACUUUCGGAGAAUCUAACGAAACCAGCAUCCAAAUUAUCGUUAUUUUCAUCAUUUGUCUCGGAUGUCUCACAUUUUUAAUAGGAUUUUUGGGGUUCUGUGGAGCAUGCCUGAAAAAUGUCUGUAUGCUCAUUACCUAUGCUAUACUGCUUGGAGUGACGGCAGUUGCACAAGUCGUAUGUGGAAUCAUUGGCCUUGUUCUCCGCGAUAAGAUCCCCGGAUUGGUAAAUCACAAUCUGGAUGUGCUGUAUACAGAGUAUAGUGCCAACAAAGAUGUUCAAAAGUUGAUUAACGUGAUCCAGAGUGAGCUGAAAUGCUGUGGAGCGACUGGAACGUGGGCGAACCCGGGGUCUGAACCAGAAUCUUGCCGCAGCCCAGAAGGUGUCGUUUACAAGGAUGGCUGUGUUCCGAAAGUCGAAGAGUUCAUCCAGGAAAAUAUGGUUGCAAUCGGCGUGUGCGUCUUCAUUUUUGCACUAAUUCAACUCAUCUGUAUGACGUUUGCCAUCUGUGUUGUGCAAGCUUUACGGAAAGGAGAAGGCGAGACGGUAUAGACAGUUGCGGUCAAGCCCGAACACCCUUCACGGUCAUUGCCAAUCAUAUUUCAGAUGAAUUAACUGUCCGCGGUCUGGUAUGAACACUUGUCACCCUCCCUCCACUUUCUAAUCAUUUUUGUGUUUGGUGGAAGAAUUCACACCAUUGUUCACAGAGAUUUCACGGUUCGUUUUUUACAACAACUACUACUACUGUCAUCGAGGCUUGGUCACAUUCACCAGCAUUAAUUUUUUGGUGUUUGAGAUUUAUCGUCGAAAUAAAUUUCCAUUGCUUGGG